UCUUUCAGGUGUCCAUGCACAGAUGGUAUUAGUCAAUGAUACAGUCUCGGGAUUCGUUGGCACAAAUGUUAUCCUUCAUUGCAGUUUCAUCAAUUCCAUGCCCACUGUAAAGAUAACACAGGUCACAUGGCAGAAAUCAACAAAUGGCUCUAAAGAGAAUGUAGCUAUAUAUAAUCCUUCGAUGGGUACAUCAAUCCUUUCUCCAUACAAAGAACGUGUGGUCUUCCAGAGCCCUUCUAUUCGUGACGGUACCAUUCAAAUCAAUCAGUUACAACUAGGAGAUGAGGGGCCAUACAUAUGUGAAUUUGCGACGUUUCCUACUGGAAACCGCGAGAGUCAACUGAACCUCACUGUACUUGCUAGACCAGUUAAUCAAAUGGACGUGACAUCUAAACAGCUGGUAGCAAAUCCUUUGAGAAAUGAUAAGAUUGUGGUUGCGACCUGUAUGUCAGCCAAUGGGAAGCCACCAAGCACAAUCACCUGGGAAACCAAGCUGAAAGGGGAGGCAGAAUACCAGGAAAUUAAGAAUGAUAAUGGAACUGUGACCGUGAUCAGUCGAUUCAAACUUGUGCCCACCCGGGAGGCCCACAAGCAGCCACUGACUUGUGUUAUAAACUACCAAACUGAAAGAGACACAAAGAACACCACCAUCAAUAUACAAUAUGUGCCGCAAGUCUCCAUUGAAGGAUUUGAUGGGAACUGGUAUGUGAAGCGUGCAGAUGUGAAGCUGACGUGCAAAGCAGACUCUAAUCCUCUUCCAUUCUCAUAUCAGUGGAGAAUGGCUAAUGGGUCGCUUCCAGACAGUGCAGAAGUGAACAAUAACACACUGUUUUUCCGUGGACCGGUUACUUACCUCCUCUCUGGAACAUACAUCUGUGAGGCCAAAAAUGCUAUUGGAAGCCAGACUGGACAAGUAGAUGUUAAUGUUACAGAAUUCCCUUUCACCCCGACUCCUACAGACCAUACGGACCGGAGAGAAUCCUCCAUGUUCCCAGCAGCAAUCAUUGGAGGGGCAGUGGGUGGAGCAGUACUAGUGCUAGCUGUUUCUGUCAUCCUAUUUGUGGUGCUUCGAAGAAGACAUCACACCUUUAAAGGAGACUACAACACUAAGAAACACAUCUAUGGAAAUGGUUAUAGUAAGGCAGGUGUGGCACAACAUCCACCAAUGGCUCAGAGUUUGCAGUACCCAGAGGAUUCUGAUGAUGAGAAGAAGCCAGGCCCUGUUGGAAGCAUCAGCUAUGAAGAUGAAGAAGAUGAUGAGGGUAUAGAUGGACGCAAACUGAGCACAAAGUAUGAUGAUGAAUCUAAGCGCCCUUAUUUCACAGUAGAGGAGGGAGAACGAUGUGGCUAUGGUGAGGAUAGAACUCUAGGGUUCCAAUAUGAACCUGAAGAUCUGCCUGAUAGUCUGGUUGCUCAGAACGAUGGUUCCUACAUCUCAAAAAAGGAAUGGUACGUGUAA